AUGGAUUUUCCGCAAUAUGCCAUCACAACUGUUCACUUUGUGGGCGUAGCAAAUCCUCUGGCAAAGUUCUUCUCCGAGUUUGACGCUCCAUCGCAUCUUAACGAUUUGAUUGAUUGUCUCAUUCCAUCGACGAUCAGUGUCAGAGGCGUAGCAUAUGCAAGCGGAGCGAAGAAACUGAUAAUAGUGAUUGACGAGCGAACUACAAAUUUGGAGCUCUUUGAAAUUAACGCAGAAAGUUCUGAGAAGAUGAAACGUAUGGAUCCGGAAGGUAACUUUGUGCGUGGUGUUAUUGUCACUCUCGCUCCCGCGGAUGCGAAAGCUCAGGUUUGCGUUUUAAAAGUUUGAGG